AUGAAUUUUUCUGGUAUUCGGAAGUUCAAAAGUUUCAUGGACUUUAAAAAAAAUAAUCAAAAGUUUCCUCUGUCCCCAAAAAAAAAACACUUUCAAUCAUUCAUGAAUCCAAUUUAUAAUGAAGCAUAUGUGAUGAACCGCAAAAGUCAAUUUACUCAAAAGUUGAUUCGAUUUGAAGAACAGAUCGAUAGGGAUGGAUAG